UUGUCGACACUUUCUCUCCCCAUUGUGUGUUGAAGACGUGUCGCAAUUAUAUUGACUCCAUGCAAUUUGGUACGGCAACUUGUUGUUGCUUAAAACCCCCCUAUCCUUCUCAUUUCUUCAAUUUACUCCUCACUCUCACACACGUUUCAAUUUCUCUCUCUCUUUCUUCCAAUUAAUUUCUCACCAAUAAACAGCUCCAAAAUCACUUGCCAAUGGCCGACGCCACCGUGCCGGACAUCGACUCCGGUGGUGCCAAUUCCUCCUCGUCCUCGUCUUCGUCCUCGACGUCAGGUUCAAUAUCGUCUCCAUCAAAACAAGCCAUUGGUCGAAGACCGAAGCGCGGUCGAGAAAGCAGCAACAAUAGUCCUCACCCAAGUUACCGCGGCGUCCGAAUGAGGGCGUGGGGUAAAUGGGUGUCCGAAAUUCGAGAGCCGAAGAAAAAGAGUCGGAUCUGGCUCGGCACCUUCGCUACACCUGACAUGGCAGCACGUGCUCACGACGUAGCUGCUCUUACUAUCAAAGGCAAUUCCGCCAUCCUUAAUUUCCCUGAACUCGCCGCCUCAUUCCCCCGUCCCGCCUCCUCCUCUCCUCGCGACGUUCAAUCCGCUGCUGCUCUUGCUGCUUCAAUGCAACUUCCUGAUGUCAUGAUCUCACCUCCACCACCUCCGCCAUCACCACCCUCAUCGCCUCCGUGUUCGUCGUCGUCCGAGUUGGAUGAGUCGACACCAGAGGAAUUGAGUGAAAUUGUUGUAUUGCCAAGUUUGGGGACAGGGUACGAGGAAUCGGCUGAGUCGGUGACCGAGUUCGUGUUUGAUGAGUGGCAAUAUAGCUAUGGGCCAUGGGAUCAAGAAAAGGAUAGCUCAAAAGAAGAAGAAGAAGGUUAUGAAUACUUUAUAGAUCAAACGGCAAUGGCGGAAAGAGAGUGUGUGAUUCCUACUGCAUUAUUUCAACCUUUAUCUUUCUCGUGGUAACAUUAAAUUGAUAUCAUCUCUCUCUACAAAAACAAAAACAAAAAAAAGAAAGAAAAAAAAUCAAGUUGGGUUGUGAAUU